AUGGGCCGUGUUGAUGCUGUUGAAUUGUUGCUUAAUUCUGGAGCUGUGCUGGAUUGUGUUGACUACAUUGGAAGAUCACCAUUGAGCUGGGCAGCAGAAAGUGGCUCACUUGCUGUGGUUAAAUUGUUGAUUGACAGGGGAGCCAAUGUGAAUCUGAAGGAUGUGAAAGGGACUGGACCACUUGGCUGGGCGCACCUGGCUGGACGUGGUCCAGACAUCUGUGCUAUUAAGAAAAUUCUUCAAGAGCAUGGUGCAAGUAGGGCUAGAGAGAUUUGGCUCCCUCGGCUAUGGCUUCUUAUAAGAAUCUGGAGGAAAAUUGUCCCAGGCAUUUCUCCCCCAAAACCACCACAGAAGUAG